AUGGCGAAGAUCAAGAAGAAGGGUACCUCCGGCCAGGCCAAAAACUAUAUCACCCGUACCCAGGCCGUGCGCAAACUGCAGAUUUCUCUGCCGGAUUUCCGUCGCCUAUGUAUCUUCAAGGGAAUCUAUCCCCGUGAGCCUCGCAACAAGAAGAAGGCCUCCAAGACUUCGACACCGAACACAACCUUCUACUACACCAAGGAUAUCCAGUACCUGCUCCACGAACCCCUGCUGAACAAGUUCCGUGAUCAGAAGGCUCUUGCGAAGAAGAUCGCCCGCUCCCUCGGCCGUGGUGAAGUCAGCGACGCUGCGCGCCUGGAGAAGAACCACGCCCCCAAGCUCACUCUCGACCAUGUCAUCAAGGAGCGUUAUCCCACCUUCAUCGAUGCGCUCCGUGACCUCGACGAUGCGCUCUCUCUGCUGUUCCUCUUUGCCACCCUCCCCUCCGACAAGCACGUUCCCCCCAAGACCAUUGCCCUCUGCCAGCGUCUCUGCCACGAGUUCCAGCACUACCUGAUCGUCACCAACUCGCUGCGCAAAUCUUUCCUUUCCAUCAAGGGUAUUUAUUACCAGGCCACCAUCCAGGGCCAGGACAUCAUGUGGCUCGUGCCCUACCGUUUCGUUCAGCGUGUCAAUGGCGAUGUCGACUACCGUAUCAUGGCCACCUUUGUCGAUUUUUACACUACCCUGCUUGGCUUCGUUAACUUCCGUCUGUACUCUACAAUUGGCUUGAGAUACCCCCCGAAGUUCGAUACCCGGAGUGACGAGAACGGUGCCGAGUUGGCUGCUUUCACCCUCGAGGGCCGCACUGUUGGCGACAAGCCCAAAGCCAUCGAGCCUAGCAAGGGCCAGACCAAUGGUUCUAACAAGGAGGUUUCCAAGGAGGUGCAGGCUAAGGUUGACAAGGUUAUCAAGUCUGCUGGACUGGAUCAGACCAAGGAUGAGCAGGCCAUGGACACCACCGAGGAAUCGACCGACGCUAUCGACCGCUUCGAGCCCACCGCCCCCGAGGCCGACACCCUGCCCCAGCCUGAUAUGAGCGGUAACGAGGCCGGUGCUCUUUUCGCUCCGUUUGUCUUUUAUAUCUCUCGUGAAGCCCCCAAGGCGCCUCUCGAGUUCAUUCUCCGUUCCUUCGGCUGCAAACGCAUUGGUUGGGAUGCCGUUAUGGGUGACGGAGCUUUCACACACGACGAGACCGACCCCCGAAUCACUCACCAGAUUGUUGACCGUCCUCAACUCCCCGCCGAGUCGCUCCCUGCCGUGCCUGCCGCGUCCGAGAAUGCCGUCCAGAAGGUCAAGCCCGGUACUCGCAUUCCCGGACGUACCUACGUCCAGCCCCAGUGGGUGUGGGACUGCAUCAACGAUGGCAAGCUCCUCCGCGCAGACCUGUACGGACCUGGUGCCACUCUCCCUCCCCACUUGAGCCCCUGGGUUAAACCUUCUCGCGGCGGUUACGACCCUCGUGCCUCCUUGGCCGAGCAGGAAGAAGAAGGUGAGGCUGAAAUGGCCGAGGAUGUCGAGGAUGCCGAGGACAGCGACGAGGAGAUGGCAGAUGAUGCUGCUGCUGUCAACGAGAAGCCCGCGGAGGAGUCCGAGGACGAGUCUGUGGACGGCGGUAUGGACGUUGCUGGUACCGAUGACGACGAGAGCGACAGUGAGGAGGGUUCGGACGAGGAGGCCGACGAGGCCUUUGGUGGAUUCGAAGAGGAAGCCGCUUCCGAGUCUGAAGAUGACGACGAGGCUGCCCGCAACCAGCACCAGCGUGAGCUGGAGGCCGAAGCCGCUGGUCUGCCCUUCUCCUCCUCUGGUGCUAAGGACGAGGCUGCCAAGAAGAAGACUUCCCAGUCCAAGAAGCUGGCUGCCAAGAAGCGCCAGGAAGAGGAGGAGCUCGAGAGGCAGAAGAUGAUGAUGAGCCGCAAGAAGCGCAAGCUGCUCGAGAAGAUGAUGCACUCGAACAAGAAGCAGUCUGACGAGGCCGCCAAGCUCCGCUCGAAGCGUCGUAAGCUUGAAAAGGGCGAAAAGGGCUCUCAGAAAUAA